GACUUGUUAGUUUUAAAAGAAAUUGUUCAAAAAAUGGCGGGUAUUGAAGCAUCGGAAGAAAUGACACUCGAACAGCUAGAAGCUAUGGCGGGAGGUGAAUUACUGCGAGCUGAGGGAGGCUAUUUUAAUCAGAUGAGAAAUACCAAGAAGUCAUCCUUAAGAUUAAAAGAAGCUCUUUUGGAACAAGAUCUAGCUUUGCCGUUAUGUCUUCUAAUGGCUCAACAAAGAAAUUGUAUACUGUACCAUGAGCAGGAACAUAGCCAUUUAAAAUUAGUCAGCAAACUUUAUGAUCAGGUUUGGAUGUAACUUAUUGUUGAAUUG